GCAUUUUAUACAUACACAAUGGCGUCCAAAGCAAAAUAAUGUCAAAUCGCCAACAAAAUGACAGGGCGCCAGGGGGCCCACCUCAUGACGCUGCCUCACCCUACAAAAGGGCACGACCCCCAAGCCCUCCCCAGACCUCGAUGCUGCAGCGUCAGAGCGCAGCCUACUACCAGGACCCACGGUAUGGGAUGACGGUGGCAGCAGUUGCAGGAGGGUUUUCUAACAUCUACAGGGAUCCAUUUCAGCCGCCGCCAAGCCACCAGGAGCAUGGACGUGAGAUCAGAGAACAGUACAGGGACCGGGUGCCCAUCCACCGCCGCCCUACCCUCCUAGAUUUCCACCACUCACACCAGCCAGCCGGCGUUGACAGGGCUCGCUUCAGGCCUGAGCCCCCGUCAGCCUAUGGUCAACACUACAGACAAGAGAGUAUGGGUAACCUUCAGACAGGCCAACCAGCACCCCUGGCCGGUGGUACGGCUCAGGGUCCCCAGGCCCCUAAACGACCCCGCCUCACGGAGCGGGCAGAUCUUACACAACCCCUCACCAUUGAUGUCAGUCAGGCAGAACCAAAGAGGGUCGGUAUUGUUGAGCCCGCGUACAACCCGCAAGUGGAGGCAAUCUCUCCAACUCUGCCACCUGAGGAGACCCUCAAGGUCCAAAAAAUCAAGGAUGAGCUCCUCCAAAACAUCUCACGUAUUGACCGGGAGAUAAUCCUCGUAGAAGGCCAGAUUGGUAUGAAACAGAAGAAACUCCAGCAACAAGAGGAGGCAGCCAACAAGCAGAAGGAAGAGGUCGAGUCAGAUGAGGCACCCGACACAACUGUUGACACCAAGAACCAGUCUAUGGCUCAAAUCAUAUACGCAGAAAACAGGAAGAAAGCGGCAGAGGCCCACAAUAUCCUCUCCAAAAUGGGACCUAAAGUUGAUGUGCCUCUUUACAACCAGCCAACUGAUGCUCCAAUAUACCAUGAAAACAAGAGGAAGUUUGCGUUGUUCAAGCCACGGCUGGUUGCCCACUUCAAGAAGAGGCACCAGGCCAGGAAAAUUAGGGAGCGUUACCUGAGCCAGCGCUAUGAUCAACUGAUGCAGGCCUGGGUGAAGAAAGUCGACAAGUGGGAAAACAACCCUAAAAGAAAAGCAAAAGAGGCCAAGUUGCGAGAAUACUUUGAGAAGAUAUUUCCUGAGCUGAAGAAGGCCAGAGAUGAUAAAGACAGACUCAACAGCAGGGCUGGAACUCGUGCAGGGAUCCAGGUGUAUGCUCGCAGUGAGGCAGAACUGGAACAGAUAAUGGAUGGCAUACAUGAACAGGAGGAGGAGGACAGGAAGAUGCGAAGCCUGGCAGUGAUCCCGCCCAUGAUGCUUGACGUCAGACAGAGGUCACUCAAGUUCAUCAACAAGAACGGCCUCAUUGAAGACUGCAUGGAAGAAUAUACUCAGAGGAAGUACAUCAAUGUGUGGACAGCCCAGGAAAAGCAGGUCUUUAAGGAGAAGUACCUCCAGCAUCCUAAGAACUUUGGCCUUAUUGCCUCUUUCCUGGAGAAAAAGAAUACAAUGGACUGUGUGGAGUACUACUACCGAUCAAAGAAGAGUGAGAACUACAAACAGAUGCUCAAACGCCAGUCAACCAAGAAGAAGAAGCAGCAACAGAAGCAACUGCCUCCAAGCAAAGAUGAAUGUAACAUGGAGAUGUUGGCUUCCACGUCUGGAGAAGUGGCCACCACACAGCCAGGAACCAGUGGCGUUAUAGAACCAGGCAACUUAAUUAGCUCUAGUGGAGAGGGGCGUGUGGGGGAGGGAGGGAAGGAGGAGGAGGACAAGGAUGAGGACUCCUCAGACGAUAAUGAGCCCACCAAGGGCACUGAGGGAGAAGGUGGCGUACACCCAUGUACUGUAUGUAAGACCCAGCUGGAGCACUACGGGCUUAGUCGGCCCCUGUCCACCAAGAACUGUGAGCUGUACGGCAUUAUCCAGUCAGACCUCACCCCUGACAUGAGGGUCUGCUCCAACUGCUGGUGCAAGUCUGUACGCCGGAGAUACACUGUUUGCCCGGUGUCGUCGUGUAAGACACCAAAGAGAAAGGUGAAGAGACUGAGACCUCUACCCACACGCUGGGCCGACACCCCGCCAGCCAUCAGAGGGGAAAUCAUGAAAGAUCUGCAGCUGACAGAUGAAAGCACAAAAUGUUGUUCCGCAUGCUUCAACCGUAUUGCCCGUAGGUUGGGUGCCAGUGCUCAGCCGGAGCCCCUCGUGCCUGGAUCCACGGAGCCCACGACUGAACAACAACCCAUGGAGGGUGGGUAUAGAAGAGAACCGUUGUAUUUACUUAGAAAUACACACCGAAUUGUGGAGAGUUCUGUAAUGACUGAGGAGAGGUGGACAGAGGAGGAAAUAGAGCUUGCCAAGAAAGGAUUGCGGGAGCAAGGGAGGGACUUUGCAGCUAUAGCGAAUGUCGUGGGCUCAAAGUCUGAGACCCAGUGUCGCAACUUUUACAAUGAACACAAGAAAAACCACAACCUAGAUAACAUACAGCCAGAAAAAGAAAAGCUAAAGGACAAAUCUUUGACAAAAGUUAAAGAGGACAAGAGGACGGUGUCCAUAUGUGAGAGUAUCGCGUCCACGGUGACAGCACCGUCCGACGGGGAACAGAACAUCUCAGACAAUGAGGAGGCACGGGACACAGACAGUACUACCAGCGCCCCCAGCCCUCGUCUUGGUGAUGACAGGGACUUGGGCAAGGACCAGAAGCCUGACUCCAGCCUGGUGACCACAACAAGCAGGGGCCCAUUGCUGCCUCCUACCAGUACUGGAGCCAAAAAGCCAGCAGAUACAAGCUCCUCCGGGCCCAGUGAAGGACCUAGCCAGGGGCUCACUCUGGGUGGCAUGUUGCGGGCAGACAUGGGGACUCUUAAGCCUGCAACCCAGCAGACACUCUACCCAGGCAGUAUCAACCCCACUGCCCUGCCCCCUGCAAGGCCUGAAGUACCAGGAGUAUCCCAGCUGGCCAGAAUGGGAGCAGCAGGGAUUGGUUUUUCACCCAGGCAAGCAUUCAGCCCUUCCCAAAGCCCGAACCAGUCAGGCCAGAGUUACUCCCCUCACCCGGGGUCAAGUGCAAGCCCUGGAGGUCAGGGCCUGCUACCACAGCGGCCAGGGUCCCAGCCCCCAAGCCAUGAGGUGCCCAUUGUGAGGGAGAUAAACCAGGGUCAGCCAGCUGACAUGUCAGGGCAGGGUAGCCUGAAGCCCUACCCACAGAUGUUCGGAAGGGAUAAUGGUGUACAGCCUAAAAGGCCAUUAAGUGCCCUAUCUGAGCCAGGAUCGAUCUCUCACAGGGCUCUGUCACCACAUAUUGGAUCCAUUCCUUUCGGUAUUGACCCAUCUCGAGUGAGCACCCCUCCACAGCAGCGCCAAUCAGCCACCUGUGUGCGAGAUCUAAUCCACUCUGCCAUAGAGCGGAACUUGAGCAAGGAUGCUGGAGCAGAGAGAUCCCAGUCCUCUAGGGAAAGGCCAGGGUCUACAGAGUACAGCAGACCAAAUAGCCAGCCAGCAGUAGGAGGCUUGGCCCCUCAUGACAUGAGAGCUAUGGACCAACGCAGCAAGGAACUAAGGUCACAGGGUUUCCCUGACCGCCGAGGUUCACCUUACCCCCUGCCAGGGCGUGAUCCCAGGGACAUCAGAGGGGACCCUAGGGACAUUCAGGAGAUGAGAGGUGAACUUAGGGACAUUAGGGAGAUGAGAGGUGAACUUAGGGACAUGAGGCCUGGUUCCACCCCACAGGGAGGCAUUGACCUCUCCACACACACCAUGAGGCAACCUGAGAGCUUGGACAAGGUCACUCAGGGAUACAAGGGAGACCCACGAGACUUUGACCCCCACAGGGCUCCUGAACCCUUCAGAGGUCAACCUGAUGACCCUAAACAGCGGGGAGUUCAUGCCAUGGUGAACCCACCCCCAGCUCACUCCCACCAGCGCCGGUCACCAUUCUCUAUGCAGCCUGAAAUGAUGAAAGGAAGGCCAGAGGGUAUGGACAAGUCACCAGGACUCUACACUGAUAACAGGCAGAAUCUCUCUCCAAAUGUUAGAUCAGGUCUACCCCCCUCUAGCUCCCCGUACAGCCCCCAUGGAGUUGACCCAGCCCGGCACAGCAAGCCCGGAAUUCCCCCACCCCCUCCCCUCAUCAACAGCACAAACUCGCGCAAAUCCCCACCUUCAGGAUCAAUCACACAUGGGACUCCUGUCGGCCCUCACCCCGGAGGGGCUCCUGGAGGGCCUCACCCAGGAGGGGUCCCAGGUGGACCUCACCCAGGAGGGGUCCCUGGAGGGCCUCAACCUGGAGUGCGGAUGCAGGCCGCUCGAGGCUCCAUUACCCAGGGCACCCCAGUCAGGGAUACUCCUAGGGGAACAGGUGGUCAGUACGAUAUUCGGAUGAUGGAGCAGGCCCAGAUGCGGGGUGUGGCUCCUCCGCACCCAAACAUGUAUGACCCCCGGGCGGUGGAACAGAUGAGGCACCACCAGGGCUACCCUCCUGGAGCCCAGUUCCCCUACCCACCAGACCACAACAGUCCCCGCCCGGGGGACUACUCCAGUAAACAGACACUACAGAAUGACUUCAUGAUUGCCAGGAACCAAAUGAGACACCAGUCGUCCCCAACAGACAAGGAUGGUCGAGGUGACCCCCGUGACCAGAGUGUAAGCCCACGGGCCCCCGACCAUGGCCCGGGUCCUGGUCCCACACAAAAGGGAUUUGUGAUUGACCCCCGGUCUGGAUACCCCAUUCCUGUCACUGGAGUGGCAAUGUACAUGACACAAGGACAGGCUCAGUCACCAGCCUCAUCUAGGGUAUCACCACGCCCAAGUCAGCCCUCUCCCCGUGAUGACAAGCCUGGUGGUGGGCCCCAGUGGAUGAUGACAGGUCACCCCAGCCCAGGGCCCCAUCAUAGCCCCCACAUGGAACCUGGUGUACAGUAUGCCAGCAGGCCCAGCAUUACACAGGGAACCGGCCGACAGUCUGUUAUCACAGAGUCUCGCUCUGAAGAGAGGUACCGAGGUGUACCCCCGGAUAGUUCGGGUGCCCACCACUCCCCACGUGUGGGACCCCAGGAGGGCUACAUGCUGAUUCCCAACCAGACAGGUGACCACAGGCGCUCCCCUGCCAUGCACCUGGACUACCAGAGGCAGCAGUACGAGCGAGACGUGCAUCCUAACGAGCGCAGCCAGAUGGCCAUCAAGGCUGCAAAGGAGCAGUUUGAACAAGGCCGACGGGCAGCUGAAGAACAGAGAAUCAAAAUGCAGCAUCAACAACAGCAGCAGCAACAACAACAACAGCAGCAGCAGCAGAGACAACAACAGCAGCAGCAGCAACAUCAACAGCAGCAACAUCAACAGCAACAUCAGCAGCAACAUCAGCAGCAACAGCAAGAGGUGGCAAUGCUAAACAAGAUGCGAGGUGGUAGGGAUGAUAAAGUCUCCCCACAGAUGAAGGAACCAGCUGAACUUCUGCAGGCAUUUGCCCAAGACUCGCACCCAAGCCGCUCUGCACAGAAAUCACAGGACCCAAACAGCAAAAAUCGCAGCCUUACUGCCGCCAACCUGAUAGAUGCUAUAAUCGUCCACCAGAUAAACCAGUCUUCAGAUGACCAGACACCAUCAACAACUACGAGCAGUCAGGGCAAGCCAGCCAUGAAACAAGAUAUCAAACCAGGGCUGUCCCAGCAGACACCAGUACCCUCCCCACAGCCGUACCGGCCUGGCCAGCCCACACAGCCAACAUACCCUCAGCAAGGUCAGCCUGGGAUGCUGGGGCAGGCUAUGGGAGUUCAGGGUCAAGGUUUAGGCCAGCCAUACCAGGGACAGAAGGGACAACAGGAGAGCAAGUCACCUCCAGCACAGAUGGCAGGCAAAAAGCGAUGGAUGCCAUCUCCAGUGCCUCCUACAGGGGCAGAUGGAAACAUGUAUUCACCCCGGGCAAAGUCUGACACUGACAGCCAACCCCCAUCCCGCCCCGGCAGUCGGGGAUCACAGGGCAGCAGUGGCCGACAGGACCCUGGUGGGCGUGGUGGUGUGCUUGGAGGAGGGGGCGGGGAGAACAAACAGCUUACCUUGGGGGACGCAAUACAUAACAUUAUCCUUAAGGACUACGAGCGCCAAAGUGACCCCCCACCCAGUGCCCCCGGGGGCAAGUCUUUCCUCGCACAGAUCAAUGGAUCCAUACAACCUGAUUCAACCAAGUCUUCAGCCCCGACAUCCACCAGUGUGGUGUCAAGCACAUCUGGGACAAUCCAGACCUCCACCUCCGAUAUUUCCAACCAGGCCUGGCCAAGCCCCUCCCCCGCCAUACCAACUAGCCAAUCAGAGCAGAACAAAACCCCACCCACCUUUCAUGGUCACAAGAAGUUCAAAUGGAGACAGGAUAGUGAGCAGGCAAGCAGCAGUGGACAUCAGUAUGAGGGGGGUCUGGGUGUGUCCCAAUCGGGUGGAGAUGAGCCCGGGGCCCGACCCUGGCCCCAGGAAGGGGACUGGACCCGCAUGAUGAAGCCUGACCAGUCUCACUCACCUGCCGUCCCUGCACACCCAACAUCUCCACCAGGCAAGGCUGACAGCAGCAGCAGUAUGGGUGUGAUUGGUAGGAAGGAAGGAGAAGUCUCGUCACUGGGGUAUGUGCAGAAGAUCACACAGUCGUUGAAGGAGGACAGUACUCCCUCCCAGGGUCUCCAACCCCCACAGCCCUCUGCCCCCUCGCCUAUGGAUACAACACCUGGGCCAGGCAGAAGUCCACACUCUCAUCCCAUGAUGGCCCAGUCCAGCCACCCGUCUGCCAAAUCCCGGACUCAAUCCCCUGUCUCCUCCCAAAUGUCUAUUGGGGGCAAGGAGCCCAAGCCCCGAUCCGGGGGUCCUGUGGUGAGCACCUCCAUGGAAGGGGGAGGGGCCCUGGGUGUGGGACGGCAGGGAGAGAUGGCCUCUGUUUCCCCCUCUAGCUCCUCCCAGCCAUCCCCUGACCAGCAGGAGGAAGAGCCAAGAGAGGGCAGUUACCUGAAGCCUGGGUCCCAGUCCCCGGUUUCCUCAGCAGGAGAUUCCCGGGAGCAGGUGCACUCCUCUCAACACCAGCAGAGGAAAGGACGCAUGUUCUCCAGGCCAAGGUCACGGCUAGAGCAGGAAGAAAUGGCACCUAAACCUGGCCCUGCCCAGUCCCGGGAUGCCCUAAAACAGGCCCAGAGACUGUCACCAUCUGCCUCUGUACAGGAGGGAGGACGAGCAUCAUCAUCAGACAAGAAAGGCCCAAAGUCAAUGUAUGACUUCCCUGACAGUCCUGAUGAUGAGGCCAUUGGGAAGCCUCUAAGUAGUUACAUGGCGCUGUCUAGCAGUACAAGGAGUCCUAGACGUGGUGUAGUGGACAGUUCUGAAAACCGGAUGUCAGGAGGUGGGGACAUGGGAAAGGAGGGGGAUGUGGAAAGUUCUGAAGAUGUGGCUCACUCAGAGCUGAAGAUAGCAGAUAGUGGGGUUGGCAAAGAUAAUGAGGCUCAAGGCUUUGAGAGGUUCGGAGGAGAACAGGCAGUAUCUAAGAGGAAAAUAUCUGAAGCUGAUGAGAGUUCAAAUAUUUCCCAGACAAGUGCUGACAGCACUGACCGGCUGAUGGUGGAUGAGUCUGCCAGUGUGGAGAGCUCGGCACCUACUGAGGUGUCCUCCCAGAGUGGCAAUCGGCGUGGCUCCAAGUCCUCGAGGGAGAGUGACAGCAGUCCUCACUGCUCCUCAGAGUUUAGCUCUGGGCGGCAGGGUCACAGGUCGCGAAGCCCACGCUCAUACCCACAGCCCAGCUCAGAAUUGGGCCCAGGACUUGGAACAGCCUCCAAUGUGCAAUACUCCCGCAGGGAGGGAGAAGUGGCGACAGAGUCAAGGGAGCAGGAACCACAACCCCUGCUCUCAUCUCAGUAUGAGACUCUUUCAGAUGAUGAACAAUCCUGAGGGGGGAACUGAUUGUGGAUGUUUUAAUCAUUGUGCUUCAGUAUGUGUGCUUAUUUUUUCAUCAUUAUCAUGCCAUUGGUAUUAGUGAUACUCAGUAGCUGCUUCUGGAUAACAGUAAAAUAUCGUGUAAUCUCAAACACUCAAAUGUAAAAGCAGUAGGUUUGGAUCUUAUUUAAUGAGGUGAAAAGUCCAUAAAAAAAGUACUGAUCUGCUUUUGUUGUUUUGUAGUGGUGCAUCAAUAUUGUGGACAAAAUAUCCAGUUCUUGCACAAUACAUUUUAUUUGAUACUGUUUUGUAUUUCUUUGAUUGAAGAAUGUUAAGGUGGGAAAUUGUGCUCAAGUUGUUUUCAUUUUUAAGAAACAUUUUUGCUAAAAUCAUGUAUAAACAAGACAGUUUGUUUCAAUAAAUGGCUAAACUGGA